AUGUAGUUAGAUUAAUUGAUAACAACUUUUGGUUUGGAUUCUUGUGAUGAAAUCCCUUUUCUUAAAUUAUAUGCAAGGAAAUUUAAAAUAUCUCGUCCUUCAUAUAUUGCUUUCAUUGUUGUGUUAUUAGGAUUAGCUUGUAUAAUAUUAGGAAUUGGAAGAGGAUUCUUUAUUAAAAUUAUGACAUUGGUUUAUCCAUUCAUAAUGACUUUAGAAGUCAUUGAGACUUAGAGUAAUAUAUCUCAUAUAUUUAUAUAUGUUUAGAUUAUAGAAAUGCUAAAUAAUGGUUAUCAUAUUGGGUUAUUGUUAUGAUUGUUCAUUUAUUGGAUGAUUACUUUUAUUGGAUAUUAUAUUACUUACCCUAUUAUCAUUUCAUUAAGUUUAUAUUCUUUGUAUUGUUAUUUCAUCCAAAAACACAAUUUGCAGAACAUUUCUAUGAUGCUGUAUAAAUAUAUUACUAUAUGAUAGGUAUUUCAUAAAUGUUAUAUUAACUAUUAAAAAUACAUAUAUUCAAGUAAAAGAAUAUCCAGUUUCAAUUAUUGA